GGGAGGAAGUAUCGCUUGCGAAAGCGACCUCGCUCUAAGGUCGAUGUAUCCCUGGCCCAUUCGGCUCAAGCCAUUCGUGGCGACCCUGCUAGACACAAUCUAUACAGGUUCCCGAUACUGUUUGUCCGUCGGCAAUGUCGGCGAAGUCGGUGUUGUUGCGGCUGCUGGCCCCAUCGCUCAUCGUGAAAGGGCUCUGUCUGCAGAGCAGUCAGAAGGACGAGGAUCUCCUGCGGGAAGGCAUUAUCAGUGAGGAGGACUGGUUGGACGGGUACAAGGCUGGAGUCCGCCACAUCGGGAAUAUCAGCGUCGUCACCGUGGAGACUCGCGCGGGCAACCCGAUGAAGCUCCCAGGCAGGAACGCGGGGAACAGCAGCGACAGCAUGGUCACGAACGUUGGCGCAGGUGAGCCGUGGAAAUUUUACCGCACCAAAAACGGCCUCAUGCUCAAGUGGCUCGAAGACGCCGUGCAGAAGGACCCAGAGGCCAUUGCGAUCAUGAUCGACGGCGGCGACAUGAUCCUCGGUGGGUGCGACGAGGCGUUUAUCCGGCAGAAGUACGGGCAGAUCCUGAAGGCUUCGGGGGGCGGCCCUGACAUGACGCUCGUGAUGAGCGCCGAAACCGCCUGCUUCCCCUGGGACAUGGGGUGGCGCUUCCGGGAGAGCGCCCUCUGGGAGCAGCGGCGCUCGGCCGUCGACUCGCAGGUGGAGAACCUAUCAGACGAUUGGGUCGUGCCGUGGUCACCCUGUGGCGACCACAAGAUUGCUCCGUGCGACGGGAAGUCCAGCAGGGCCUACAGGUACCCGAAUUGGGGCUUCGUCAUGGGCCCAGUGAGGGACCUCAAGCCGCUCUUCGAAUGGGUCUACAACAACGGCGGUAAGAAGGGGGAGCUCGACCAGCUGCGGGCGCAGUGGUGGAUGCUCUCGAAUCCGGACAAGAUCACCCUGGACUACACUGGGAGCUUGGUGCUGAGCAUCCACCAGAUGGCCUGGGGGAGGCCAGACAGCCAGGCGCCCAUCGAGAUAGCGAGGAACGAGGAGGGGCAGCCCGUGAUCCGCAACAAGAUCCUCGGGCAGCCGUGCUGCUUCGCCCACGGCAACGGCGACGGCGAGGGUCUGAUCAACAGGAUGAUCGGCGAGAUGGGAAAGCUCACGGCUGCCGUGUGAGAGCUGGGCCAGGGCUGGUCCUUCGCACCGCAUGGUGCCGGUCUGCGGCCCCCGUGGUGCUCCUCAAUAUUCUAGAACUGUCCAGGCCGGAGGGCUCCGCUGCUGUGUACUUUCCCUCGCUCGUCGACGGCGUCCUCCUCGCUUCUCUCAGGCCCCCUUUAUCUGCACCAGUGUCUGUUCGCACGGUGUCCAGGAGCGUGAGACAAGAGAGCACCCUCAGGCCAGCGGAGGUGGCCCCAGCGUGAUGGCUCUGAUUGACGGGUGGACCGUCUGCUUCCCCUGGGUAGCCAUGCAGGUUGACGCUUUCAGGAGACCGCCGCCAGGGAGCGCUGCCGCCGGGCUGUCAAUUCGCACGCGUGCUUGGUCGUGCGUUCGUCGGAUCCACGAUGUUUGCCCUGCCUCGGGGUGCGCUCCAGCAGACGCGCCUCGCCGAGAGCGCUGCGGGAGUGCCCGGAGCGCCCCGAGCGGCAGGCGGAGGCCCAAGGCUUGUGCCCCAAAGGCUAAAGAGGGCCUGCACACGAGACAUGCUCCUCCUCCUCCUCCUCCUCCUCCU